AUCAUAUUCAUAGAAACAGUUGUAGUUAAACAGUAGUCAAGCACUUGAUUCCUGCGAUGAAUCCUAAUAUCACCAUUAAACUUAUAAUAUUCCUAGCUGUUUUUUCUGCAGAAAUAUUGCUAACUAAAGCAGAAUUUAAUUCAAAGUUUUUGAGUUUUGUAAAAAAUAUCCACCAAGUCGAAAAAUUUGACAGUGUUUUUCUACUCUUCAAAAAUUUUGAUAAUGAAUUCAUACGAAUCAUUUCAACUUCACUCAAAAUUCCAGUAAUUCUGUCUAACAACAAAGUCACCACAUCUUCAUAUUACUUAAAAGAAGAAUUUAACGAAAAUCUGCUAACCAUUGUGCAAUUCGAUACAAGUGAUUUGGAUCUUCAAAAACAAUUAUUGAAAUAUCUUCAGCAUCUUCGUUUUUGUAAAACUAUUUUUAUUCUCAAGAAUUCUUCAAGAAAUGACUUACAACUGAACAGUGUAUUCAAUUAUUGUUGGAAGAAUAGAAUGAUUAAUGUUUUAGCGGUUUUUGAAGACAAUUUCUUCAAUAAAUUUGCUUACUACAGCUACAGUAAUUUCGGACAUUUUACUAUUGAAAAGAUCUUCAGCAGAAAAAAGAAGAAUUCAGUUAUUUUUCCAAAUCGAAUACAAAAUCUAAAUGGUACAACAUUAUCAGUUAUUUUAGGAGGACCAGUACCAGGAGUAAUUUACAGAAAAAAUGGCAAAAUUGACGGUUAUUUGGGACACAUUUUCCGUUCUUUUGCUAGGAAACACAACGCCAGAUUGAACAUAUCGAAUAUUAAUACCUCGCUGUCAUAUUUAGAGUUACGUCAAUUUGUAGUACAUAAUAAGGUUGAAAUGUCAGGAGCUUUUCCAUCAAUUGUAAUUGAUCCGGCGAAAUAUGACGGUUAUCCGAUUAUUUUGUACGAUUGGUGUGUAAUGUUGCCCGUUGAGAAACACAUUCCAAUUUAUAAAGUCUUUGCCUUUGUAUUCCAUUGGGAAGCCUUUCUUCUAUCGAUUUUGAUCUUUACAAUGCUUUCGGUAGCACUUUCUGUAACAGCUAGACGACCUUUUUUCAUUCGAUAUUGGUUGCAAUGUAUUCGUGGAAUGCUUGGGCAGUCGUUUACCGAAGACCCCCAAGCCUCUGGUAGUACAAAAAUCAUUUAUUCGUUGAUCUUUUUGCUUGGAAUUAUUAUGGUAACCUCAUACGAUGCAUUUCUUCAAUCCUUAAUGACCAAACCUCCAAGACAAAAUGAAAUAAAAUCGCUUGAUGAUCUUCAAUCAUCUGGCUUAAAAGUAUAUAUAAUUAAAGAGGACUACCUUAUUUAUAUACCAACCAAUAUCAAACAAAACUAUUCAAAUAUAUUUGAAAUCGAGUCGAAUUUUGAAAAUUUCCAUAGAAUGCGUGAUACUUUAAAUACAAACUAUGCCUUCACAAUUAACAGUCCCAAAUGGGAAAUAUAUAAAAAUCAACAAGAAUUCCUUGGUCAACAUUUGUUUCAUUGAAAUUCAAUCAGCUGGAUUAAUGGAUUUUUGGAUGAGAAGAGCAUUUUAUGAACUAUUGGAAAAUGGAAGAAUUAAUAAGACGAAUUUGGAGUUUAAACCGAAAUUAAGAAUUGAACAAUUGAAAGUUGAUGAUUUGAAAUGGAUUUGGAUAUUUUUGGGAUUGGCGUAUGCAGUCGGAAAUGUUUGUUUUAUUUGUGAACUUUGUGUUUUUAAGUUGAAACAUCGACAAAAUAUUGUGGAAAUCUUGUGAAUUUAGUUUUGUUUUUUUUAUUUA